CAUGCCACCGAGAAGAUGGCGUCCCGCCCCAAGCUGCCAGAAAGCGUCCGUGAGCCGGAGGCGCUGCCGGCGGAAAUCGGCGCCCGCGCCCCAGCGGCGUGUGGCUCCUCCACGGGUCUGCAGGUGCCAGGCCUGGCCGUCCUCCGUGCCAGCCAUGGGCCGCCCGCUCCCCUUCCCGGUUCCCCUGCCCACACGCCUGCCCCUCCCGCGCCAUCUUUCCGCCCGCGCCUUCGCGUUUCCUGUCUGGGCGGAGGAGGUUUGGCCCUGCGACGCCGCCGUCUCCCAGCGGCUGCGGCGAGCGUCAUGGCGGCGGCUCUCUCAAUGUCAGCGGCUUUGAGGCACCUUGUGGCGAGGAGCGUGGCCGCUGCGGCUCGCCUGUCGCCGGCCAGGUCACUGAGCACUUCCACAUGGCGGCUGGCACAGGACCAAACUCGAGACACGCAACUCAUCACAGUUGAUGAAAAAUUGGAUAUCACUGCUUUAACUGGUGUUCCAGAUGAGCACAUCAAAACCAGAAAAGUUCACAUUUUUGUUCCAGCACGUAAUGCAAUGCAAGCAGGAGUUAACAAUACAAAGAAAUGGAAGAUGGAGUUUGAUAACAGGGAGCGCUGGGAGAACCCUUUAAUGGGCUGGGCAUCUACAGCUGAUCCUUUGUCCAACAUGGUCCUUACUUUCUCUACUAAAGAAGAUGCCGUUGCCUUUGCUGAAAAAAAUGGCUGGAGCUAUGAUGUUGAAGAGAAGAAGAUUCCAAAACCUAAAUCCAAGUCUUAUGGUGCAAACUUUUCUUGGAACAAAAGAACAAGGGUGUCUACAAAAUAGGUUGGCAUUGGCUGUCUGACUGAAUAAAGUCAGCUGUGCUAUAUUUAUAGUCCAUGUAUAAUACAUCUCUUAAUCUCCUAAUAAAUUUGACCUUUAAACUGCA